CAGCAACCCAGGUGGAGCCCCGCUUCAUCAUCAUCACCGUCGACCAAAUCUUUCCAAGAACCUUCUCUCCAGUAAAAGGCGUGAGCCCAGAAAGGAAGAAAGAAAGCUAGCAGGUUUCUAGAUGAUUUUUGAUUGAAGUAAAGUAAGAGGCAGAUGCCCCAUGUUUUACUCCGUUAUUCCCAAAGCCGAUCCUCCCUUCUCUCCCCUUCCAACUUUUACAUCCUCUCCCUCGUUGACUCUGUAAACUACGCUCCCUCUCUUUGAAACACAAACCAAACCCUAAAACUUGAUCCUUCUCUUUCUCCCCGAGAACCAGCGGACGAGCUGACAUCAGCACCAUCGUUCACUACCAUGGCUGCACAGACAUGGAUAUGGACUCGUCUAACUGUCUUGGUAACUGUAAUUUUGACUGUGGUGAAUGCUAACUCAGAAGGCGAUGCUUUGUUUACGCUGAGAAAGAGCUUGUCGGAUCCGGAUAACGUGCUCCAGAGCUGGGAUCCCACUCUUGUUAACCCUUGCACUUGGUUUCACAUCACUUGCAACCAGGAUAAUCGCGUCACUCGCGUGGACUUGGGGAACUCAAAUCUAUCUGGACAUCUAGUACCUGAACUUGGAAGACUAGAGCAUUUGCAAUAUCUGGAGCUUUAUAAAAACAAUAUUCAAGGAAUUAUCCCCACUGAGCUAGGUAACUUGAAGAGCCUCGUUAGCUUGGACUUGUACAACAACAACAUUUCAGGGACCAUUCCUCCUUCACUGGGGAAGUUGAAGUCCCUUGUCUUUUUACGACUUAAUGAUAACCGAUUAACUGGACCCAUCCCCAGGGAUCUCACCAAUGUUUCAAGCCUCAAAGUUGUGGAUGUCUCGAGCAAUGAUUUAUGUGGAACAAUUCCUACUAAUGGACCUUUUGAACACAUCCCUUUGAACAACUUUGAGAACAAUCCUCGACUGGAAGGUCCGGAGUUGCUGGGACUUGCGAGUUACGGCACAAAUUGCUCAUGAAGAGAGAGGAUCCAUGCUGCAAAAUGUCUAACUGUCUUGAAUGAAAACUGCACCUCACAAAACCGAAAGCGUAUUACUCCACACUCUCAGUGUAAAGGGAUCGGCAAAAUGCAAUCCCUGGUAUAAUUAUCUGUAAAUCUUCAUGAUACUAAAUAUCCUAGCAUUUGUAACUGCGUUGUGUUUGUUUUAAGAUCCCCCAAACAGGGAUUUGUACUAAUAUAAUGCUAGUAAAGAGUCUACCAUUUGUGCC